AAAUAACCAAAGUAUUGUAAAAUACUGAAGAAAUUUACCAUACGUUCGUUUUAUAAAACCAAAGGUUUCAAAAAUGCUCAUAAUUUGAGAUGAAAAAAUACUCAAAAUUUUAUCUAGUGCCCAAUCUUUUUCGACCUAAGGCAAGGAACGUCUGGUAGUUUUCUGCUUUCUCGACUCCUUUUCUUCUAAUUUUGCUAUUUUCUCGUAUCUACUACAAACAAUGAGUGAUAUUUUGAAAUUUUUGACGUUGAUUGGGAAGUUAAAGGCUACGAAAAGGACAGGAUGGGUGCAGCGUGGUGUCCAAUCCCCGGAGAGCGUCUCAGAUCACAUGUACCGCAUGUCUAUCAUAUGUUUUCUACUUGGAGGUGUAACAACCGACGAUACUGCUGCAAAACUAAACAAAGACCAUUGUAUCAAACUCGCGUUAGCCCAUGAUAUGGCUGAAUGUAUAGUAGGAGAUCUUACUCCAUCAGACGGAGUUAGUAAAGAUGAGAAACACCGUAAGGAGAAAGAGGCAAUGGAGCAACUAUCUGAACUUGCUGGCGAACAAGCUGGCAGAGAGUUAUACGAACUUUGGGAAGAAUAUGAAUAUCAGAAGACUCCAGAAGCGAAUUUUGUCAAAGAUGUAGAUAGAUUUGAGAUGGUUUUGCAAGCACAUGAGUAUGAAAGUGAGGAGAAUCAGCCUGGACGAUUGCAGGAUUUUUUUGAUAGUACAAAAAGGAAGUUUCAGCACCCUCUUGUUAAAGGAUGGGUGGACGAACUGAAUAAGACAAGGAACGAAAACAUAGAUGGGAGUAAAUAACGUGUACUCUAAAGCAUCCAAUAUUUGUUGCAAAUUAUUUUAAACUUUAAUAUUUAUCUUGUUUCUUUGCUCUGAAUUGCCUCUGUCAGGGGUGGAUCCAGAGGUGGCUAUAGACCUCUUCGGCUUGGGGUAAUGUUUUCUCAUUUCAGACCAUGUGUCAUUCCCUUGAGAAUAGAUUCUUUGUUUGAGUUGUAUUCAUAUUCAUGUGUCAUUUUAUGUGCAACGGGGCGCAAACCUUAAACAAAGAAAUGAUACUCUAGGGAAUAACAUGUGGUCUGAAAUGGGGAAAAAUUACGUCAGAGCCAAAGAGGUCUAUUGCUCAACUUUAUCAGUAUUAUCCUUAGUAAGCUAACCACCUUAUUCUCGUAUUCCUUUUGAAAAAAAAGGUUUUUCUCAGAAAGUGUAAAUGUAAUGAAUGCAAAUGCAAACACAAGGAUCAAACGUUUUCAUUUUCUAUUUUACCAAUCUAAACAGGUGUCUUUGGGAUAGUAAUAAGUACCCUAAUAUAGAACCCAUCCUACAUGUAUGUGGUUACAACCCAUUAAUCCCUUGGGAUUUUUCUUUUAGAGACAAGAAGCAACAAAAGGAAUCCACCUGAUUAUAUCCAUGUUGGUGUAGUAACAAGUUUAAUAAAUUAAGCAUACACAUUUA